AUGGGCCUUCUCGACAUGUUCGGAAAAAAGAAGAAGGUCAACAAGGACGAAGUCUACGAACCUUUUAGGGGUUCUGGGGAAAGCGGAAGCAGCGAGAGCUCCGCGCGGAGCCAUGCACCCCCGGCCCGAGCCGGUUACUUCUUCGCCGCCGCUACCGAGCCGAGCAGCCCCGGUCGCCAGCGCGAGAUCGAGGCAGUCCUGGGUAGCGAGAUCAGGGUCGCCGAGAUGGAGGCGAGGCGGACGGUGACGGUGAUCCACCCGGACCGCCCGCCAGCGCAGCCCCAGGUCGCCAGGAUGGGCUGGGCCAGCCCGCCCCCUCCGAUCUCGCUGCAGCGAUCCAACGCGUUCAGGCGCCCCGCGCGUCUGCAGGAGGAGAACCGCUCGCGCCCAAGCAACCGGGCUGACUACCGCGACUUGGAAUACUGCCCCACGGUUGCGCUGCAGCAGCGGGCUGAUGCGGUGAGGCGCCCUGAGCGUGUGCCGCGCGAGGCCUUGCGCCAGAACAACCAGGUUGCCCCUCAGGGGUACACUCAGGGGUACAUUCAGGGGUACUCUCGGGGGUAUUCUCAGGGAAACUCUCAGAGAUACGCUCAGGGCAGCUCUCGGGGAAACGCUCAGGGGUACACUCAGGGUAACCCUCAGGACAACUAUCAGGGCAACUAUCAGGACAACCCUCUGGGUAUCUAUUAUGGUACCAUUCCACGGCAGAGGGACAACGCAGCCAGGCGCAACGGGCGUGGCCAGAACGAGCAGUAA